AUGGCGGCGGUAUCUGUCAGUGUGGAGUGAAACUUUCCCAUUUUAAGCAAAUAAUUUGUCAUUUUCUAACAUAUUUUGUCGACUGAAGUCGUCCGUUUAUUAAAGUAAGCAUUACCGGACUACAGAGGCGUUUGACAGUGAUCGUCAGGACCGAGCAGCGUCAUUCCGGGCUCUGUUUUUGAUCGCCAAAUCACCGGGCUUCCCUCGAAGUUGACGGUGGCUAACGUUAAGUGGCUGACAUUGCUAUCGCACCGACUGUUGUUGUCAUCACAUUGCUCAACGCGCCGUCGGCCGAAUAGCUAGUUAGCUCGCGGGUCAAGUACGUCGAAAGCGAGUCAGCGGCUUUUCGUUGUGCUGGGUCCCGUGUCCGCCUGUCAGUCGGAAUAGAGAGGUGGUGUUGGAUGUCACCACCAGUCCCUGUCAUCAGGCUCAAUCUGGUUUGCUAGCGUCGGCCAUCCUGGCAAAUCAAAUGGAGAAGCUGCAGGACCUAAGCCAAUCAGAGCUACAGGAGCUCCUGGACAACCCACAGAGGGUGGAGUCUAUGGCUCUGGAGUCUGACGAGAUCCAGAACAUCCAGCUGGAGAGAGAGAUGGCGUUGGCAUCCAACCGCAGCCUGGCUGAGCAGAACCUGGACGUGAAGCCUCGGCUGGAGGUGGAGAAAGAGGUGCUGGUGGAGAGAUAUUCUCAGCUAGAGGCCAUCAGAGAAACCUACAGACAACACUGCUCCCUGAGAGAUGGGAUGGUGGGUCAGGUGUCUCCAGAGGCAUUGUUCUCCAGACUACAGACAGAGGGCAGCAAAACAGAGGCAGAGUCAGAGACUCUAGCUGAUGAGUUUCUGGAGGGCUCUCUGCCAUUGGACUCCUUCCUGGAUCGCUUCCUCUCGCUGCGCUCCCUAGCUCACAAAAGACGGGUGAGGAUAGAGAAACUCCAGGAGAUCCUACGACAGAGGAGCGAGGGCAAUCCCAACGCCAUGACAUCAUCAGCAGGCGUCACACAAGACCCUGCUGCCGCGCCCUCACCCUGGAAUCAACCGACAACAACAGCAACGACGACCAAUCAGCAGCAGCCAAACUCCACAGCUCAGUCCUGCAGCUAUCCCUCGCAGCCGGCCUCCGCAUCUGCAGCGGGCCCUUCCGGCCUCCCCUACACCCCCUACCCUGUCUCCCCACCCAACCCUCCCCCUGCGGCUGCCGCAGGCUCUGGCGCGAUCAACCCCACGCCACAUUUCCAUCCGUACCCAGGUUCCGGUUCACCUUUCACCCCAGCAGGGAGCUACUCCGGCCCCAGGCCUGCGUUCGGGCCUACAGCUUCAGCCGCCUGCCCCUACCCCAGCCAGCCCUCCUUCCCUACCCCACACCCGGGCUCAGCAUUUGGCCAAUACACCCCAAGCCCCCCCCAGAGCGGCCCCGCACCCUACCCGGCCUCCUACAGCUACGGAGGCUACAGCUACCCGGCCGGGCCACCGUAUUCUGAUUCUCAGUCGCCAACAGGCAGACCCAUCUACAGACCAGGAUAUGGAGUCCCACAGCCGUACUCAUGAAGGCACUACUACUUCUCUCUACUUCCUCUGUCUCAAUUCUUCCCUUCUUUUCUAUCUCACCCCUUUCUCCUCACUGUCUCCCUAAACUCCAGCCUCCUCCGCCCCAGGUCCCUCUCCUCCUCCGUCUUUUUACCUUUCUACCCUCCCUCUUCCUUUCUCCCAUGCUGAGAGAUCUCUCGCUUUACUUAUCUUUGUUGCACUAUUUCUCCCUUUCUCUAAAUAUCAGUCUGCUGAUCUCUCUGUCUUUCUUUCUUUCCUUUUCCCUCUUUCUGUCACCCUACGACCCAGCGACUCCCCCACACUAGUCUCAGGUUGUUGUGUUGUGUUUAAGUGUAAACACUUGUAUCUGGCCCUUCAUACACUCCCUCUCCAUCGCUCCCUCUUUCUUCCAUUUCUUGUGUGUGUGGGUGUGUGUUGCUAUUUGGCAAUCAGAAAGUCCUUAUAUACAAGUGCACUCCCCCUUAUGACAAAUACAUUUAUACCACCACAUCAGUGUCCAAUAGCUGUCUUACCACAAUCUGUCUGGGUCACAUUGUUAUUCAUGAGCACAGUCUUCAUUAAGAAAAGCACCCUAAUGGAAGAUGUAUGUCCUGGGCUUCUUUCAUGACUCUUAGGCUCAUACAGUGCAAUUAAAUUGGCAAGUAGAUGGCUGGUUAUAAUAAUGGAUCUUAUAUUAAGUUAAGAUGCAGGGUUUUGGGAAUACCUUCUCCUCAGCUGUAGCUGCUUGGCUCUUCCAUACAUGUGACAGGGGAAUUUCAUAAUGCACAAUUACCUAUGGGCAGAAGAAGCACCAGUACUUUCUGUUGGUCAACCAAAGAAGCUGUGGCGACGACAGCGCUUCCCUUUAACGUUAGGGUUGGAAGAGGAAGUUAGCUGCAGCUGUGUGUCAGCUGCUUGGCCUCCCUUCAUGGCUGUGAAGGCCCGGUCACACCAACAGGUGCUGGACAUGGUGCCAGGAGCUACCCAGCAGCCCCUGCAACACCCAAAGUCUGUUCACUUUCUAAGCCUUCAUUUGUUUCCCACAGUGCAGUCUAGCCCUACAUUCAAGACACAGAAAUAAGCCACUGUCUUCCAAAAAAGUUUAUUUCACUGUAACAACACUGAUAUAAUCUCAGCUCACAAAGACCAUAUACAGAUGGUGUAAACGGUUGCUUGUAGAGGUAAGGGAACUUGUUAAUAAUUCUGUGUGGGUUUGUCACUGAUCCAGAGAAAAAAUUAAAAAGUUUAGCUUAAAGAAAUUCAUUGGUCUUUAACAAACAUCUUAAAUUAGUAGUUUCCUGUAUGUAGCUUAUCCCACAAACAUCAUCGUGCUGCCGUGGAAGGCAGAAAUUUGUCCAACAAAUGUAGAUAAAUACCAACUCCACCUCAGAACUGGCGUUUUUCAGUCUUGAAGCUUUUUUCAUAUUCCAAAAUCUUGGGUUCCAGCAAAUAUACAGAGCCAGGUAGGCCCGUCUGUCAUUAACACAUGCAAAUCUUGAAAAUGCAAUGUAAAGAGCACUGUAGUAACACCCUGAUACCUGGUGGAAUCUGUGGUUUGAGCCAAACAUAGUCUGGCUUCUUUGUUCCCACUCUGUCUGUGCGCACACCCCCCUCAACCAACACCUGUCUGCCCCCCCGCCCCCCCAAUUCCUCCUCUCCAUCACUCUCCUCCAUAUCUGAAUAUGAACUGAUGCUUGACAAUAUUUACCAGAAGAAAAUAGUUUUAUUUCUAUAAGUUCACACUAUAAGGGAGAACACGUGGUGUGCAUAGUUUAUUGGGGUAAAAUGAUAAAGGUUCAUGGUCGGUUCUGUGUCAGUUGAAUCAAUGUAAAUGAUAUCAUUGGAAAUGCAAUGUAUGUGAUUGAUGACAGAUCAUGGAAGGAUCUUUAAGAAGUACAUACCACCUCUCUAAAUUUGUAUCACACUUUGGGAUCAUCACCAAACUGUAAUGUCACAUGGACUUUUUAUCUUGCAAACUAACAUUUCAUCAAACUAAUCAUAUUUUAUCUUUUACAUCUCCUCUCAGCUACAUCACAACUCUUCAUCAGUAUUAUCACUAUCUAGAAAGCAGUUAUACAGUUCAACAUUCUCUGUCUGAUAUUUUUUGUAACACCCCAAUAGAGCCCAGAUCAAAACAUGUCUUUGUGCCAAUAUUGUCACACACGUGUUGGACAUCUAUCAUCAUGGUAUCUAGAGGUGAUUGAAAUUAAUCCAAAUUGGUCCCAGCCUCUAAAACACAGUACUUCUAUUAACAUUCCCCAAUAAAGGGAAUCAUUAAAGGGAGCUGUAAUGGAGUACUGAUUUGCAUCCUAAUUGAAUGGGUCAUUACGUUUAAAAGUGUAAAUGUUAGGAGGUGGAUGUGCUGUAGCAGUUGGUAGUUGUGUGAUUUGAACUGUACCGUAUAGACAACUGCAGAGCAGCAUCACACAGCUUUUACCAGCAGUUCACUUUUUUUUCAUGACCCUGCAUGUCAGUAAAAGUGUUGCCUUGAAGAGAA